CGUAUUCGAAAUCCAGCAGUCCGGUAGAUGGCGCUCGCGGUGUUAUGGCCUUUUCCGGUUCACGCGUUACACGAAGGGGAACGUGAACACAAAUAUAAACAAUGGAUGAUAAAGAAGCGUUUGAGGAUAUGGUGGUAGCAACCACAAAUACAUUACCAGUGGCCAUGCCGGCUGAAUUGCCAGAGAUCAAAUUGUUCGGACGUUGGAACUGCGAUGAUGUACAAGUGAACGAUAUGUCUCUGCAGGAUUACAUCGCUGUCAAAGAGAAAAAUGCCAAGUAUCUUCCACAUUCAGCAGGACGCUACGCUGCAAAGCGCUUUAGAAAAGCUCAGUGUCCCAUUGUGGAACGUCUUACAAAUUCUCUGAUGAUGCAUGGCAGAAAUAAUGGAAAGAAGUUGAUGGCCGUGCGAAUUGUUAAACAUGCCUUUGAAAUUAUUCACCUUCUCACUGGUGAGAAUCCUCUGCAGGUUCUUGUCACAGCUAUCAUCAAUUCUGGGCCAAGAGAAGACUCCACGCGUAUUGGACGCGCUGGUACGGUAAGGCGACAAGCUGUGGAUGUAUCUCCGUUACGUCGUGUUAAUCAAGCCAUCUGGUUAUUAUGUACUGGCGCACGAGAAGCCGCAUUCCGUAACAUCAAAACGAUCGGCGAGUGUUUAGCUGACGAACUUAUUAAUGCCGCUAAAGGUUCGUCGAAUUCGUACGCGAUCAAGAAGAAGGAUGAAUUGGAGCGUGUUGCCAAGUCUAAUCGAUAAACAUAACUUUCUACUGAAGAGAUAAAUAAACGUUCUAUCUUUAAA